UAAUGUUUCAAAAUGAUUGCCCUUCCCCGUGUAUAAAGGCUAUCGAGGUAAAUUUCUUGGCAAAGUACAGACUUUAUCUAUUAAUACUCCUCAAAAGCCAUGAUAGUGUCAUCCCGCAAAAGUUAUAAGCGGAUUUUGCCAUUUUAGUAAAUCACACUACUGUAGCUCAACGCAUGAGUCCCUCUCAACAAAAUACAGUUGCUAAAUAAGAUAUAAUCUACUCACGUAGCUGGCUCGAAAAAGAAAAGCUGAGGGCAGUGUGCUUUUCACAGGAGUUCGAAAAAUAAAAAAGAUUUCAAAGUAAAAAAUGCAUGAAUUGUUGGGAUUCUUAUUUUCCAAAUAGUAUGUCAACGCACAAAGGACCGCCUGUGGCUUUAAUCUCCCCCACGGUUACAAAGGGUGAUCAUCCCUAUGCGAUACUUAAGGUGAAACAUAGUAUAGAUACUGAUGCUGCUGACGGAAAUGACAAAGACGUUGGAAAUCCUACUUCUCAUUCGACGCAAAAGAACCCAAGUUCGGCUGAUGCUGUUACUGCGCUGACAAUAUUUGGAGAUCAACCAAAGACUAUCUUAUGUACUUACAGCAUCCCAUCUCACUUGGCCAUUUCUGAAUUUCUCGAGUUUGUAGCAGCUGUGGAUCCGUUUGUGAGCCAUUACAGAGUCAUGCGUUGUGAUAAUACUAGGCCCGAUUUCUAUAUGAUUUUGAUGAAAUUUCGCGAUCCUUAUUCAGCAGACAACUAUUUCAAACAAUAUAACAACCGACUCUUUAGCUCAAUGGAGCCCGAAAAAUGCCAGAUAGUCUACAUCGAAACCAUAGAGAUUGAUUCUAUCAUUAUACCCUCUUAUUCUUUUGCUCUACUCGAGGAACAGCAAACAGCUUCGAAUACCAAGAAAAAACAAACAUACGAUGAAUGCAAUUGUCCAGUCUGUUUAGAGCCUAUGGACGAGAAAACCACCAGUUUAUUAACCAUUCUAUGCCAACAUACGUUUCAUUGCCACUGUUUGUCCAAGUGGAAUGAUGGAAGUUGUCCUGUCUGCCGAUAUUCCUAUAACAAUAACGGCAAAGCUUCUAUUGUGUUGAUGAAUCACAGUAUUGAUACAGCAACUGCAGCAUUAGACAAAUUACCAACGCAACUAGCCCAGCAACAACGACCCCCUUUACCGCUCUUAUCAGCCACACAAACUACAGCCAACGUAUGCUCAAUAUGCAAUACAUCGCAGCACUUGUGGAUCUGUUUAAUCUGUGGGUAUAUUGGCUGUGGAAGAUAUGAAAAUGCGCACGCUUAUGAGCAUUAUCAGCAGACGAAGCAUAUUUACUCCUUGGAAAUCGAAACACAACGCGUCUGGGACUACGCAGGUGAUGGUUACGUACACCGGUUAAUCCAAAAUGCCGUAGAUGGAAAAUUAGUGGAGGUUCCAGCUGACGGAGAGAAUGGUUGCCAAGUUUCUGACAAUGAGAAAUUAGAGGCGUUGUCUAUUGAGUACAGUUAUUUAUUGACAUCACAGCUUGAUUCUCAACGUAUGUAUUAUGAAACGCAAAUAGACGAUUUUGAGACUAAAAUAGCAGAUAUGGAAAGCCUGCUUUCUUCAUUGUCUACAGAAAGUGACAUGCUCGUAAAGGAAAAUCGGGUACUUGAAACGGGUAUCGUCGAGAUGGAGAAGCAGUCGGAAACUAUGACUCGACAGAUAGACGUUGAAGAAAACGACGUUGAAGCAUGGAAACAAAAGUAUGAUGCGGCUAAAGAAAAGUUAGACUUGGAGAAAGAAAAAACAAACACACUUGUUGCCAAAAAUGACGAAGCAUUAAGGUUGCUUACAGAACAAGAUAGUAUGAUUGACAAUUUAAAAGAGCAAAUAAGAGAUAUGACCUUCUUUUUAGAGGCAAGACAGAAAGUACAAGAUGAUCCUAAUUUGGAAGGCGGAAGUGUGGAAGUAGCGCCGCGCCCAAAACAAAGCAGAAAGAAGAAAGGCAAAAAGCGUUCAUAACAAACAGGGAGCACAACUCAUAUACCCGUAUUUAUAACAUAUAUUCUCAGAGAAUUUGACGUUUUGCUCAGUAUGAGCGCUAAAAAUUCAAAACAUGGUUGCUCAUUAAAUUGAAGUAAUGCUGUACGCCGUCAGACUCAGAGCUUCUAUUAAAUACUUGCACGUCAUAACAUUUCAAAAGGCUUCAGGCGUAUCCAUUCCUUUUUUUCACGUUCUAGAACAGAACUGAACGCACGGACCCUUUUGGCCGUUAUAUGUGUACCUUUUUUUUUUUAAAAUGGCUCAAGUAUAGGAUACAUUUCAUAGAGCUACAGAAAUUGUAUGGUGGCAUCUUGUUGGAAUUGAAAUCACGCAGUUUUGAAAGCAGCACAUGCAUGGUGAAAGGC